GUCAGCGGCCCCUGUAGAGACUCUGUUGGCUCUUCUUCUCAAAAUCCUGAAUCGCGUCAGACAACGUGUAAACUCUUGUGAUUAUUUCAGCAGUGUAACAGGUAAAACAGCAGACACUGAGCAGCGCUGCAGACCCAAAGAAACCGCACAAAUGUCCGUAAGUGGGUUUGAAUCGCUGGAGACCUCUCUGGAGUCGCACCUGCCAGAGGCCGAGCUCGCAGAGGUUAAACGCAUUUUGUUCGGAAGGGAGACAAAGAAGUUGGCCCUCCCCGAAAGCGCUUUGCAUGCAGCCUCUGAGCGUAACUUUGAGCUGAAGGGUUACAUGUUUGAAGCUGGACAGGAACAGCUGAGGCCACCCAGAAGGAUCCGUGUGGGACUCAUUCAGAACUGCAUUGUUCUGCCCACUGAUGCCCCCGUCUUGGACCAGAUCAAUGCCAUGCAUAGUCGAAUUGGUGAAAUGGUUGAGGUAGCAGCCAUGUGCGGGGUAAACAUUGUCUGCUUUCAGGAGACCUGGAACAUGCCCUUUGCUUUCUGCACCCGCGAGAAAGAACCAUGGACCGAGUUUGCAGAGACUGCUGAAGAAGGAAUGACCACGCGCUUCUGCCAAGAGCUGGCCAGAAAGUACAACAUGGUAGUUGUUUCUCCAAUUUUGGAGCGAGAAGAGCCGCACAACACUCUGUGGAACACAGCGGUGGUGAUCUCCAACUCUGGAAAUGUGCUGGGAAAGAGCAGGAAGAACCAUAUUCCCAGGAUUGGAGACUUUAAUGAGUCUACAUAUUAUAUGGAGGGCAACACUGGCCACACAGUGUUCCAGACACAGUUUGGGAAGAUAGCGGUGAAUAUCUGCUACGGGCGGCAUCACCCUCUCAACUGGUUCAUGUACAGCAUGAAUGGAGCCGAAAUCAUCUUUAACCCCUCAGCUACUGUUGGAGCUCUGAGUGAACCAAUGUGGCCUAUAGAGGCCAGGAAUGCAGCAAUAGCUAACCACUGUUUCACUUGUGCAAUCAACCGUGUUGGGACGGAACAUUUCAAAAGUGAAUUCACAUCUGGUGAUGGAAAAAAAGCCCACCAUGACUUUGGACACUUCUAUGGAUCCAGUUAUGUGGCUGCUCCUGACGGCAGCCGCACCCCGGGGCUCUCUAGGACCUGUGACGGACUACUGGUGGUAGAAAUGGAUCUCAACCUGAACAGACAAAUCAGCGACAAAUGGAGUUUCAAGAUGACUGGGCGGUAUGCUGAGUAUGCAGAGGAACUCGCCAAGGCUGUCAGACAUGACUUCAAACCAAACAUAGUAAAAGAGUAGAUGAUAUUCCACUAUAGUCCUUAAAUGUAUGAAACACACCAAGCUAAGGCCGUUUCUUUUUGUUUAACAUUCUGUGUUUGUCAGAUUGGUUCCACUGUGUUGUUUCCAUCACUUUAUCACAGAAAAGCAAUUUCAAAGUCAAACAAAGGGCCUGUUCAUUAUAGGUGAUAACGAACUCAUUUUAAGAUUGAUUAAAGAAAGACUUUAGCAGCUGAAUGUAUAGAGGGUAUGCGUUGACACUUCCCCUUCCGGAACACGCUGGACUGAGUGGCAAAAUAUCUGUUACCAUGGCUGCAUUUAGCAAACCAAGAGUAAAACAAGUGAUUAUUUGCAUAAAUUAAAGGCAUUCGGACUCGACGGUGAUCCUUACUGCUUACCAAGGAACCAGUGAUCCAGCUCUUUCCCACUUUAGAUGUGAUGUUUGUGUUUUAGCUGAUUCAAGCUAACACUGCUGCUCAUCUUUCUGCCACUCAGUGAGUGUAACUGCGUUCUGUGACAUCAUGCGCAUACCCUCUAUUGAAUUGACCAAGGGUUUGUUUUAUUGCAUAUGAAUUCAACUUUUAUAAAUUUAUAUAAUAUGUAAAAUAAGUUAAUAAAAAGUUGAUAUCAUUAAUUUAAA